AAUAUUUUCAGUUAUAAAUUCAGAAACCCUAGCUUAAGGCGCAGGUUCCCUCUCCAACAUUUAUCUCAAGAAGCGGCGUCCGUUUGUUCAUUACUAUUUACAUGGCGAGAAUUAAGGUCCAUGAACUCAGGCAGAAGCCAAAGGCUGAUCUAUUGGCACAGCUCAAAGAACUCAAGAAUGAACUCUCUCUUCUCCGUGUUGCCAAGGUUACCGGCGGUGCCCCUAACAAGCUAGCUAAGAUAAAGAUAGUUAGGUUAUCAAUUGCUCAGGUUUUGACUGUUAUCUCUCAGAAGCAGAAAUCUGCUUUGAGGGAAGUAUACAAGAACAAGAAGUAUCUUCCACUUGAUCUUCGUCCCAAGAAAACCAGAGCCAUUCGAAAACGUUUGACCAAACAUCAGGCUUCCUUGAAGACAGAAAGGGAGAAGAAGAAGGAGAUAUACUAUCCCUUGAGGAAGUUUGCCAUUAAAGUUUAGGUUAGGAUAUGAUAUGGUUGUGGAAAGAGAUCUUAGAGCAUCUUUGAUCUCAUUUUUUUUGGAAGUAUUUGUUUAGGCAGUUGAUCAACUAUGAUCCUUGUGACAUGUUAAGUUCUAAUUAUAAUGGUUUUGAAAGGGGAUUCUGAUUCAUUUAUGAAAACUUUUUUAUCCUA